AUGGGUAUAGAAGAAGAUCUUGAUUUACUUGUUUAUUUAAAAGUAUACCAUAUUCAGUUUUCUUUAAAUGAUAGAAUCAUUCCAUUAUCAUCUAAUAAAAAUAUACCAAAUGCAUUAGAAACUUUAAUGCAGAACUCUAAAAAACUUCAGCUUCCACCUGCCAAAAGUUAUGCAAUAAGACCCAAUUUAUUAUAUAAUCAUCUUUUGAAAAUACUUCAGAAAAAAGAAUUAGGAUGGACUGAAUAUCAAAAAGAUCGAGUUUAUAAUCUUUAUUAUGAAGAGUCACAUCAUAAAAAAGAAGAAAUCAGUAGUGAGAGGUUACACCAACAUAUGGAUUCAGUUCAAAAAUCAAUAGUUGAAGAUUUACCAAUAUGUAAAGAUAUUAAACCAAAGUAUCAACCAAUUAUAGAUAUUUUAAAUACAGUUGGAGAAUUUGAACUAAUAUGUAUUGAUGAAUAUUUACCUGUUGACUCUUUAAAAAGACCUGUCUUUUUAAAAGAAAUGAGUUUAUCCUUACUAAUGACUUUAUAUAUAUACUAUCAUGGAAAUUAUCUUAGUAAUUUACAUUGGAUUUGGAAAAAAAAUGAAGAAAUUAACGAUAAUACUAAAACAUUAGAAACUCAAGCUAUUUUGAAAGUGUAUAAUGAAAUUCCAAAAUAUAGUACUCGUCAAAUGC